AUGCGCUCAUUGCGAGCCUCCCUGCUGUUGCCUCUCGUCCUCAUCCUCCACCAUCACCACCGGGGAGUCCACCUGCAGUACGCCCGCGACGGAGCUCGGCUGCACGGCCUGCGUGAGCGCGGAGGAGCCGCUGUCUCCGUCGCAGGUGGAGGAAUCGGGCACCACCUGCCCACCUACAUGGUGCACCUCUACCGCAACUUCAAGUCCAACGCUUCGGAUGCGGCGGAGCAAGAGUUAAAGGGGCGAGCGGACACUGUGAGGAGUUUAAUGGCGAAAGAUUUGGUGCGCAGACACGGGCGCUGGGCAGCAACAUUUGACCUUCAUGGUCUUCUGUCCGACAAGCAGAUCCAAGCAGCGGAAUUGAGAAUCCGGCUACCCCUGAGCGCUCUUGACGUGUCAGUGGCGGUGUACCACCAGCACGGGCCCGAGUGCCACCCGGUGUCGGAUAUCUGCCGCGAAGGGCCACAGCAGGUUGGCUUCAUGGGCCCGUCCUCGCUGGUAUCAUCCACCCACAGCUGGAGGGUCUUCAACAUGACGGGCCCGCUACUUGCCUGGCUACGGGAAAAGUCCAUUGUCAGGGUACGACGCAAACGGGUCACCAGGAGGAAGAGCGGUGAGGUGGCGCUUCUCGGGUUGGACUCAAUGAGCGAGCGAGCCUUGCUAGUCAUCUUCUCACAUACGGAUUCAGAUCAGAACCCCAAAGCCAAGGCCAGUUUGCUUCACACAGCUGAGCGCUCUAAGUUCUUGAGCACGGCUGAGACCAGGAGACCUGCACGCGGGCCCUCUAAGAGGCGCAGGAGCAAACGUGGUCAGAGGGAACAGGGCGGGAAAACCCGGGCACCCAGAAGAGAAGAUGACGAGUCUCUGUGCCGCAGAGUGGAUCUUCAUGUGGAUUUUAACCUGAUCGGAUGGGGGUCUUGGAUCAUCUUCCCCAAAAAAUACAACGCUUACCGCUGCGAAGGAUCCUGCCCGGGACCCUUGGGCGCCCACCUCAACCCAACCAAUCAUGCUUAUAUGCAGAGUUUACUCAAGCAUUACCAAGCUGACAGAGUGGCCUCGCCAUGCUGCGCCCCAACCAGGAUGAGCCCGCUGAGCAUGCUUUACUACGAGAACGGAGAGAUGCUCCUGCGGCAUCACGAGGACAUGAUGGUAGAUGAGUGCGGCUGCCAAUGA